UUGUCGCCACCUUUCAUGUAAAGCGUUUCAAUGAAACGAUUUGAAAAUACAUUUAUUUCAAUUGUUUGGCGGAAGUAAUAAUGGCAACUACACGCGACAAAGCCAACCGAGUAAAAACUUACGUGUUUCUUCAUUUAAAUACAACAUGUUUACCGGAAGACGACCCUUGCAGAAUCACGGAGAUAUGUAUGAUGGCAUUAGAUAGAAAAAGUUUUAAGGAUACUUUAAAAUAUGAUGGACAUGGUAGACCAUUGUUACCGCGAGUUGUCAAUAAACUUGUGUUGUGUUUAGAUCCAGAUGCCGACCUUACAGAGAAAGCACAGGACAUAUCAAAACUGAGCGAAGAGCUACUGUCGAAACAGCAGGUUUUCACAACGUCCACUGUUUCCUUAAUUAAGUCGUUUUUAGAUCACUUGAAAAAGCCAUACUGCCUGAUUGCACACUUCGGCAAUGGGUUCGAUUUUCCAGUCCUGAAAAAUGAGCUUGAAAGAACAGGUGAUUUUGAGGAAUUUGCAAACAUGUUUUGUGCCGACAGUCUUAAUGCAGUAAGGGAGCUAUCUACGCAAAACGAGCCUUCUGAUAUACAUAGAGUUUCGACCAAAAGGAAGGCAAGUGAUGCUGCAAAACCAUCAUUGAAACGAUCGAAAACUGAACCCGAAAAAGCGCGGGAACGAGUAACAACUGGAGGAUUAAAGACGAUUAAGUCAUUACCGACGAAUCUUCCUUCAGCUAGCCGAUCGUUCAAAGCAAGAGAGUACUUUGAAGAAUUGUUUGGAGACGUGCCUGAAAACUCACAUACUGCCGAAGGAUACUGCAAAGCUUUAGUUCACAUUCUCCAAAAAACAUCCGGUUUCCCUAAAUGGGUGGAUAGAAAUAAAACGAAAAUGGCAGAUUUUUGAAAAUGAAAAUGAAUAAUAAUCUUAAAAAUUGUAAAUGUAAGAAGUAAUUGUGUACUGUAUUCCAAUGUUAACUUUUAACAUGCUUUGCUAACUGUAUAAAGCUAGGCUGUAUACUCAUUUUUAUUCCCUGCCAUGAAAAUUAGAGGAUGGGGAUAGUCUGCUACACUUCCUUUUUGUAUUUUGAUAUUGAAUGUCAAAUGGAAUGUUGUCAAUUCAAAUCCAUUAUAUUAAGUGAACAAUGAAGGGUCAACACUCUUUGUAAGACUCAUUUCGGCUCGAGUCUCUAGACACACUAUAAUUAUGUAAGAUAUGAAAACUUUAAGAAGAAAAGACAGAGCAUAAGUAGAAAGUUACUACAAAAAAAGAUAUUUAAUGACUUAAUUUAGAUAUUUCAUACAGAACUCUUAAAAUGGAUUGUGAUGAAAAAUACACUUGUUUGUUAUGACAUAUCGUCUUUUGCAUUUUUGUUUUGUUUGUUAUCAUUUGUCUUAAUAUUUUGGCCAUUUUAGAUACUUUGUAUUUGUCAUUGUUCAGCUUCUUCUAACGUGGAUUAAAUUCUUAUUUUAUAAUGAUUUCUAAACGUUUUCUAUGGUAUUUUUUUAUAACGUAGUACAUUUAUGUACAGAAAAGUCCGCACACAUUUGUUGUAGUUGUGUUUCUUGUUGAGAAUUUUCUCAAAUCCAACGCCAUAGCUUACAUGGUCGGACAUUGUUUUACUACCAUACGGUCCUAUGGUCUUCAAUUGGGUUUGCUGACUGUAUUUUAUAGAUCUAUCGUGUAAAACAGGCUCCGUAAUUAGCUGUUCUGUCAGCUUCCCCUUUCCC